AGAAAAACGAUGCAGUUUCCUAAACCCCAAGUGUUGCAUAAUGUGAUAAUGAUUGUAACGCUAUGGGUAUGCGGAAGCAUGGCAUUAGAAUGUCAACUGAACGAGAGUGGGAAUCCGAUCAAAGUAGCAUACACCGUACUCGUCGACCCCAACGGUCCAGGAAAUUUCAGGACCGUACAACAAGCCGUCGAUUCCAUCCCGACUCCUAACUCUAAAUGGAUCCGAAUCCUCAUCAGAAGCGGCGUUUACCAGGAGAAAGUGGUGAUUCCUAAGACCAAACCGUGCAUAUUUCUACAAGGCGGAGGAAUUGACAAGACGGUGAUAGAGUAUGGGGACCAUGAACAGACCGACACAAGCGCCACUUUCUCCGCCUUCUCCGACGACAUCAUGGCCAAAGACAUCACCUUCAAGAAUUUUUUCAAUGUACCAAGGUCUGAUGAGUUGUUGGAGUCACCGGCAUUGGCGGUGAGGCUGUACGGAGACAGAUACUCGUUCGUGAAUUGCAGCUUCGAAGGGCUUCAGGAUACGAUAUGGGACGUCAUGGGUCGGCAUUACUACAAAAACUGUCUCAUAGCCGGCGGCAUCGAUUUCAUCUGGGGAUCCGGCCAAUCUCUCUUUGAAGGAUGUACGCUGAACGUGACGCUGGGAUGGUACGCGCCGGAGAGAGAUCACGGAGCGAUAACGGCGCAGGGAAGGAUGACGGAGAGCGACCCGGGCGGGUUCGUGUUCAAAGGCUGCACCGUCACGGGGAAAGGCAAAGUCCUUCUGGGCAGAGCGUACGGACCCUACUCUCGUGUCAUCUUCCACCAGUCUCAGCUCUCCGACAUUGUUCUUCCCGUUGGUUGGGAUUCUUGGUCUUUCAAGGGCUCCGAGAGCAAGAUGACGUACAUGGAGUCGGAAUGCACGGGAGUAGGGGCGAGAAGAGAAGGGAGAGUCCCAUGGUUGAAGAGUGCGGCUUCUAAUGACGUUGCCAAUUUCACCAGCCUUUCCUAUAUCGACCCCGAUGGUUGGCUCUCUCGACGUCCCAUCCCCAUUUCUCCCUAGUUGUUAUUAUUUAUAUUCUCUCUUGAAUUGUUU